GACCCGUCCGGUUCACACGCGCUGUGUUUAAACCCAGUAACACACAGUAAUAACGCCUAUUUAUAACGAGCCACCCACCGAGCCACCGACAGCCGCCCAUCAUGACGGCGUCCAACUGGGGUCUGAUCAUGAACGUGGUCAACAGCAUCGUGGGCGUCAGCGUGCUGACCAUGCCCUUCUGUUUCAAACAGUGUGGUAUAGUGUUGGGGACACUGUUGUUAUUCUUCUGUUCCUGGAUGACCCACCAGUCCUGCAUGUUCCUGGUCAACACAGCUAGCAGCACUAAACGCAGAACCUAUGCGGGCCUAGCUUUCCAUGCCUACGGGAAACCAGGCAAAAUGCUGGUAGAGACAAGCAUGAUUGGUUUGAUGCUGGGGACCUGCAUUGCCUUCUAUGUUGUGAUUGCUGACCUGGGUUCAAACUUCUUUGCCCAGCUGUUGGGUUUGCAGGUGACGGGCAGUUUCCGUGGGCUGCUGCUGAUUGCCGUGUCUCUGUUCAUUGUGUUGCCGCUCAGUCUGCAGAGGAACAUGAUGUCCUCCAUCCAGUCCUUCUCCGCCAUGGCUCUCAUGUUCUACACCCUCUUCAUGUUCACGAUGGUGCUGUCCUCGUUCAGACAUGGGCUGCUCAGCGGCUGGUGGCUGGGUCGGGUCAGUGUGGUGCGCUGGGAGGGCGUGUUUCGCUGCCUCCCCAUCUGUGGGAUGGCCUUCUCCUGUCAGUCGCAGGUGCUGCCGACCUACGACAGCCUGGACGAGCCGUCCGUCAAACGCAUGAGCACCAUCUUCACCUCCUCGCUCAACGUGGUCACCACCUUCUACAUCACUGUGGGUUUCUUCGGGUACGUCAGCUUCACUGAGAACAUUGCGGGCAACGUGUUGAUGAACUUCCCGUCCAACCUGGUGACGGAGAUGAUCCGCGUUGGUUUCAUGAUGUCUGUGGCUGUCGGCUUCCCCAUGAUGAUCCUGCCCUGUCGGCAGGCCAUCAACACCAUGCUCUUCGAACAGCAGCAGAAGGAUGGGACGUUUGCUGCUGGUGGGUACAUGCCUCCGCUACGCUUCAAGAUGAUCACUCUGUGCAUUGUGUUCGGCACCAUGCUAGGAGGCAUUCUGAUCCCCAACGUGGAGACUAUUCUAGGACUGACCGGAGCCACCAUGGGGAGUCUGAUCUGCUUCAUCUGUCCUGCCCUCAUCUAUAGAAAGAUCCAGAAGAACAGUCUGGUCGCUCAGCUGGUGUUGUUUGUGGGUCUGGGCAUCCUUCUGGUCAGCACCUUCACUACCCUGUCAAUCUCCUCUGGCAGCUCUACACCCCGCAUACAAGCCCCGCCUCCGCCAGCCGCGGACAGGAACAACCCGGUGCUGGACCUUCCUGAAAUGAAUGACAAAUCCAUAAUCAAGAAGCCAGUGGACAUGGAGGGACCCAAGCCCCCCGCUGUGGAGGUGGUACAACCCAUGGAGAAGGACUCGGCCGAGCCUCCCCAGAUUAAAGGACCGGUCAAAGUACCAGAGAAAGAGGAGGAGGUCCAGCUGGACCGCCCUGAACCCGGUGUGGCAGUGCCGGAGGGGGAGGAGCAUCGGCAUGAGCCUCCAAUACCCCAUGACGAGGUUAAGGUCGACACCAGGAAGAACAACGCCGAGCUAGAGGAUCAGAACAAACCGCCUGCUCCUCCUGCAGAAGGAGAGGAGAAGGAGUAUCAGAAGCAAGACGAGAAAGAAGAGAAGGUCGAAGAGAAGCUGAAGCCCGUGGUGGCAUUGGUGAGGAAAGAGGAAGUGGAUAUGGGUGUUGGGCAGGUCCUGCUGGAGAAGAAGGGGCCGGAGGCAGAGGUGGGCAAAAAGCAGGAUGUUCGUUCGCUAAAGGAUGUGGAUAAACUGGCUCCCAUGAACGAUAUACUAGCGGUGAAGGCGGGUGAGGCGACACAGGUUGAUGUUGCAGGCAAAGUGCUGGAGGCGGCAGCGAAACAUGAAGGAGAACAUCACCCGGCAGGAGACGUGGCUGCAGCAGCAGAUGGGAAGGAUACUGCAGAGGACAAGCUGGAAGUGAUUAAAAAGCUGGUUGCAGAAGGCCAGUUGGACCACGCGGUACUCCUACAGGUGAUUAAGCAGCAGCAGGAGCAGCAGAAGAGACUCCUGGACCAGCAGGAGAUACUCCUGGCUGUCAUCGAGGAACAACACAAGAUCCACCAGAAGCAGCCCGCAGCUCCAGAAGGAGAGGGAGACAAAGCUGCUCAGGAACACCUGGAGGUGAUGGAUGUGGCAGCGGUCAAACCCAAAGAAGCCGUCCAGCUCCCUGAUCCCAAACAGCCUGGUGACUCGGCCAGUCAAGCGGGGGAGAGGAGCUCUGAGGUCCAGGCUCCAAAUGUGGCAGUCCCGGAGGCUCACAACGUGGCCGACAAGCCGAACCAGGCUGCUGGCGUGGACGUCCAUAAAGAGAGAGAGCUGGAUGCCAGAGGAGUAGCGCUGGGCCAGCGCAAACCAGAUGACGCCCCACCGGCACCCAAAGAUGAACCCAAAGUCCUGCCGAAAGAUGAGGAGAGACACGCUGACACAGACCAGGACAUGAUGGAGAGAGGGAGGGCAGAGAGAGAGAAGAUGGGGAAAGAGAGGGUAGAACAAGAGAGAGGGAGAGCAGAGAAAGAGAAGAUCCAGCAGGAGCUCCAGAGAGCAGACGAGACAAUUGAGAAGGCAAGGAAAGAGAAGGAGGGGAAGAGGAGAAGAGUGGCCCAGCAGGAGCGAGCUGUCGGAGCCGAGAACGGAGUGGGGAGAGAGGAUGCAGAGCCCCCGAAGAAAGGAGGACGAGACCUGAAAGAGGGAGCUGUUAGUCCGAACGACGGCUCCCAGGAGCAGGCGAGGGACCAGGGAGACAUGGACCUGAGGAGGAGACGCAGGGCGCUGGGUGGUCGACGGGCCGAGGCCCUCCCCGUGGGGGCCGAGGUACCUCGGGCGAUGGCGGGACUGGAGCCGCUGCUGGAGCUGGGAGGUUCAGACUUGCAUGCCGCUCUGGAGGGACAAUUACUGGCAGGAGCUGCUGUGCACACACGGCAAAUCAAACAGACCUCCGAGUCAGACAGAGACCAGUAAGCAGCACCUAAAUACAAGAACCCAACACACACACACACACACACACACACACACACACGCACACACACACUUCUGAUCUCAUAUGCAUCCAUUAAUGUGCCGCACCGAUAGGAACCUUCUUCACUCGGUCACAUUCAGCAUCCAGACUGAGCGAUGUCUUUGAGAAGGAAGCCAAACGCUAUGGCUGAGCUGAAAGUUGUAGACCAGCAGGAGCAGCACAAGAGGAGAGACUUGUAGAAGCCAGAUGGACCAGAAACAGCUAUUUUUAAAGAUGUUUUGAGGUGUACUUGACAGAGAGACGAUGGUAGAGUGUUGUUCCCUACAGUGUCCUUAGGAGGAGUUUGUGUAGAAACAGUUUGGGGCACUUCCAACACCUUCAUGAUGUUCAGGUUUAACCUCCUCACCGUCUGAGCAGACGGUGAGGAGGUUAAACCUUGUGGUGCACCUUCCUCCUACGCUGCCUUCAUCACCAAACCAAGAGCUGCACUUGUCCAGUGAGUGCUUAACAGGGUAAACUGCAGAGUAUCAUUAGAUGGUAACUGCAUUUAUAGUCCGAUCUGCUAUUUUGUACUGGUCUACAGUAACCCAAAACCUUUAUUAAAGAGCUAUUUUUAUGUAAAUAUUUAGGUAUUUUUAUCUUUUCAUAGGUAAGUUUUCUAUGGGUCACUGCUGAAAUGUGUGUAAAUCUAUGCAGAGGGUUCACCACAUGGUGGAUCUGGAGAAUCCAGAUAUCCAGUAAAUGAUGAGUCCCUUCAGGUCCUUUGGCAUUCUAUGGA